UUUCCCCCAGUUCCAUCCCUUCAAUGCGUGCAUUGGGGCGAGUUUCGUAAUCGUACCAAAAUGAAGGGAGAAUGAAACUAAAAGCGCCUAAUCUUCUCAAUGUAUUCGAAAGAUGGUCUUACUCGGUUCCAAUUUUAACGUACUUCGUAUUGUUCUGCACAAUUUGGAUAUUACCAGUGCCUUUAAAGUCAAACAAAACAAAAAGUCCCAAUCAAUUGUUAGACGUGUACUCGAGGAGUAAGCUGUUUCAAAAUGAUUUCGUAAUUAAAAUGAAAAAUAGUAACUUCGAUUCUGACAAAGUGGAGGCUGAAAAUCAACUGUUGAACGUUAAGGGCGAUUAUUUAGUCAAUUUGAAUGAUGGUAUUAAUAAGAAGGUUCAUGUAGAUCCCACGGCCGUUUUGCAGGAUGUUUUUAGAAAGGCCGAUGAAAAUAGGGAUAAAAAGCUCGACUCAAAGGAGUUAUCGCGAUGGAUUCGUUUGAAAAUAAUCGAGCACAUAACUGUAGCCGUAGGUAAUAAUCACGCACUUUUCUCGCAAAUCGAUGCGAAUCCUAAGAAUGGGGUGAUAUCCUGGAAGGAGUACCACUCGUAUUUUUUGAAAAAGCGCGGCUUCAGCAGCAAAUAUGUUCAUAAUCACGACGAGAAGCGCCACAAAGGUUUACACAGGUCAAUUAAAGAGCAAAUAAUGCGUGAUAGAGCUUCUUGGAUGGAAGCCGCAAAGUCAGAUCCUGACACUUUAACUUUAGACGAAUUUUUGGCUUUUACCCACCCAGAGUCCAGCUCCGCCAAUCACUUGACCCUUGUCGACGAGCUGUACGACAAAUUUGAUCGAGACGGCGAUGAGCUGCUGACCGAAGACGAGUUCGCGGUCUUGCAAACGCAAGGCGAAGAAGACGAAAUGGUAAUCAUUCGGCAAGACGAAAACGAGCGACGUGCAGAAUUUCGUAAAUCCGUAGAUUUGAACGGUGACGGUAAGGCGGAUCGCCGCGAAUUGUUGCACUAUGUCGCUCCGCAAAGUCCCCGCCACAGUGAGCACGAGGCCGAAGCUUUGCUGGCACUCGCAGACGGCGAUCAUGACAAUAUGCUAUCACUGGAAGAAAUUCUCGCACAUCCGGAUCUAUUUUUAAAGUCAAAGAUGGUCGAUACCGCCCAAAGUUUUCACGAUGAAUUUUAAAGAUUGUCCAACUUAAAAAUGAACCGAGUUUGUUAAGACUGAUUAAAAUUAUAUCAUGUUAUCAUUCCGCAAAUCUUUCAAAUUGUGUACAGUUUCGUUCAUAAUAAGACGGUUAUUUAAAAUUAUUCCUGGUGAAACUAUACAGGCUGAUUCAAAUUCGAGGCCCACCAUGAGGA